GAAUCGUACCGGUUUUACUAGAAACUCUAAUGGUCCUGUGGGUCUCCACUGAUAAUUUGUAGCCUUCUAUUGGUGACAGGUUAUGUCUAGUGGAUACCAUUAAAUACCACUAGUAAUGGCUCUGAUGGUUAAUGGAUAGUAUUUGUACUGGAAACCAUUAGAAUUUCUGUGAUUGUUUUGUUUUGUUUUUGGGGUAGUUGGGUUGAAACUUUUCAACUUCAUUAGUAGAUUUACUCUAAAAUUUUACUAGACAGUAGCCUACAGUACAAGUCGAGUGUGUUAGGCUCUUUGACGUCAUUUUGUUUGAGGGCGUUAAUGUCGUCCUGCACCACUAAACACUAGACCAUCACCCUACAGUAGGAUUUAGAGGGAUCUGGCAACCGUGUCACUGAUCUGCUCAUGUUGAGUGGAUUGCUGCUUGUUCUGUCUGAACAAGAAACUUAUUAUUAAUCCUGUUUACUUUAAGCGUUUCUGUAAAUCGAAGGUGUGUUUUUUAUUUUAAAAUGUUGUCUUCCACGUGGAACUUUAUCAAGCGACAUAAAAGGAAAUUUAUUAUCGCCGGAGCUUUUGCUGGAGGUGUGUACCUGCUUGGGAAAUAUGCCCAAAGAAAACUCCAGGAGAUGCAGGAGCGGGAGACGGCGGAGUACAUCGCUCAGGCUCGGAGGCAGUUCCAUUUCGAGAGUAACCAGAGGACGUGUAACAUGACGGUGUUGUCCUUGCUCCCUACCCUGAGAGAGGCGAUCAUACACCACCUGAACUCUGAGAGUCUCACGGAACUGCUGAAGUCCAGGCCAGCUAACAAAAUUGAGAUUUGGGAGGAUCUUAAAACAAUCAGUUUCACUCGAAGCAUUGUAGCUGUUUAUAGUACUUGCAUGCUGGUGGUGUUACUACGUGUUCAGCUCAACAUCAUCGGUGGCUACUUGUAUCUGGACAACUCUGUAACUAAAAAUGGAACGACGCCUUUGGCUCCUCCUGAAGUCCAACAGAAGUAUCUGUCAAGUAUCCAACACCUUCUGGGAGACGGGCUGGUUGAUCUGGUCACCGUGGUGAAGAAAGCAGUGCAGGAAAUCCUAGGACCGAUCUCUUUGAAGCAGAGUCUAUCUCUGCAGGAACUUGAGCACCACAUAAUUCAAAUCAGACAGCUAGUGGAGGAAAACUCGGGCGCGUCCAAGUUCAGAACGCUGACCUGCUACAUGAUGGCUGAUGAGGAGGACCCGUUAGCUGAUCAGGCUUGUGGUCUGACGGAGAAUGAUGUCACAACAAUAAAGCUACUAAACGAAACCAGGGACAUGCUCGAGAACCCAGAUUUCAGUACCAUACUCGGUGCUUGCCUGAACCGGGGCUUCAGCCGUUUUCUUGACAACAUGGCAGAGUUUUUUUGCCCCCCUCAAGGAGACUCCACCCCCAGCAGCACAUCUGAUAGUCUCUUACAUGUAAGUCUCCCACUUGCCAAAAUAAUUCCUAUCGCCAAUGGACAGAUUCACUCCAUAUGCUGUGAAGUCCCCAGUCAGUUUGUCCAGGAUCUUUUAAUGACGGAACAAGUGAAAGAAUUUGCAGCCAAUGUUUAUGAAGCUUUCAGCAACCCUCAUGAACUGCAGAAGUAAACACUGUUUAAUGUGAGGGCAAAUUCCUGAAGCUGCAAAGAGCAAUACAGCACAACGUUUCCUUAUUCCCUCAUCUUAAAGGGGGGAAACGUACACUUGGUGGAAAGCUGUGUCAUAAAUGGCUUGCAGUUUCUCCCUGUGAACCUGAAUGAUUUUUUUUUAACUUUUUUGCAAGUUAUAACUGAUGAUUUUCCCCUGAUUUUCUUCCUAAUUUAAUCAUGGCCAUUUCCCACCCAUCAGGCAGUGCUCUCCUAUCACACACUUCCUCCGAGGUCAGCGACUGCCCCUUUUUUCAAACUGCUGCUCAUGUAAGGGGGCAGUGUAACAGGCGUAACACACCCAGAGGAAAGCGCUAGGUUUGUCAUGUAUGCAAAGGUUCUGCAUACAUGAGCUCACAGACACCCAUGAUUGGCUAGUGUUGCUGUGAUUGAUAAGAGAGAGAAUCUCUGGUGUUUUUUAAACUAUAUUUCUUUUCACAGUUAAGAUGGAGAAUGACCCAUGAUCUGUUACUUCCAUCAAACAAAUCCUUAAGGACCCCAGGAAACCAUUUUUUGUUUUGUCUUGUUUUGUUCUGUCCUGUCCUAUCUCAGAUGAACAGCAUUCCAUGUUCCUUUUUCAGCUCUAGAACUUGGCAAGGGAAUUGAUACAGAACAUGUUGAAAAUGUGAAAAUGGAUCGAUCAUUUCUGAUUAGAGCUUGGUUUGGGCUGAAUUCUUAGACAAAGUUCAAGCCUAAAAAGUGCUGUCAGCUGUGAUUUUCUGUUGAGCUGUAAGAUUGAGUGUGCUCAGUCUUGAAGGCACUAGAUAGAUCGUUUUUAAAUGGUUCAUGCCGCAUGAGCCAGACUUCAGUUCUUUUGGUUUAAUUUUUAUUUUUCAUUUUUAACCAAACCUGAAAUCAUCAAAUUGAUUGUAAUAAAUAUGUGAUGUCUUUUUGCUAACAUAAACAGAAAGUACUAUAGGACAAACCACGGGGGACUAACUGAAGCUUAACUUAUUAACACUAAUGAAGAAUAUUAAAAAUAAAUGCAAACAAGUUCUGAUCCUUGAAAAAUAAGAAGUUACUAUUUCUGUGGUGAAGGUAAGUUAAUCUUAACCAUGCAGUAUAGCUUAUUAACGGAACACACACUCGGCUUCACUUGCGUUGUAUUUUUUUAACACACAAGAUGUUCAUAAUGGGAUGUCAAGCAACUGGCCAUUAUCUAGGGACCAUAAUCAAAGUGCUUAUUAUAAGACGGUACGUAUCGGUGCAAACGCAAAGACAUAAAAGACGUUGCAGUAACUUAAAAAGCAUUCAGUGGUUCUCGAACUGUUUUUGGCUACAGUACUCCAUUUCAAUAAUCUUUGAAGCCUAGCAUUCCUUAGAAACCCUCACUGUGGUUCCAUUUCGUCAUUCAUUAGAAAAUGAUGUGUUGUUCUUAGUAAGCCACGACUCCAUUACGCUUCUCUUUCAGCAUGUCUAGUGUGUUUGUUUUACCCUACAGCAACAAAAAGCAUACUGUAUACUAUGAUUAUGAACAGCAGUUCUUAUUAAAUUGGUUGAAUCAUAUUGCUAGUUCACAUUAAAUAAAUUUCUGGAGGGAAAUGGAUACAACUGUAGAAGAACAAAAUGGAACCAAAUCAAACUGAACUGCUGAAAUGUUGCACAAUUCAAUUAUAUGAGUCACAAUUUAUUUUCAAUUAUAUUGUCACAAAGCAGCUUUACAGAAAUCUAUAUCUAUAUGGAUAUAUAAAUCUAUAUCCCAUAGAUACUGUGUAGACCGUUGCAAGGAAAAUCUCCCUGAGAGGACUUGAAGAAACUUGGACUGGAGCCCAUCGUCUUCUGAGUGAGACCAGAGAGUGGGAUUAUAUAACUCAUUACAGUAGACAUGUACAGAAAUGAAAUGGUACUAAAUGUAUUAAAAUGAAAGUGCAAGUCUCAACUGCAUCCACGUACGUUUAUUCACCUUGUACACAUGUACAUGAACAAAGGUUAAACAUAAGAACAGAUGGCUCUGACAUGAAGCAGGAAGAGCAGGAGCGAAAGGCAGCCUAUAUGGUUUCUCUAUCAUUGACUUUGUCUAUGUUUUGCAUAGAAUUCAGCAGCUAGGCCACUGUAUAGUCCUUGAUAAAGACCAUGUACACAAGCAUCAAACAAAAGCCCCAUUCAGAAACAUUAUUCUUGGGACAACUCAUUUAAAAUGAUUAAGACUCUUCGUUUUCAGUGAGUUUUAUAAAAACUAAUAUCAGAAUUUACCAGUAAAAUAUUGGGACCAAACAAGAAAGCAGAUCAGUUUUGUAAAUACCAGA